AUGUUUGACUUCUUCGUAAUUGACUCAUUCGGCUGUGAAAAGAUAAUAAUAGAAGGUAAAGAAGCUCAAGUGAAGGGGUUGAAAGAUAAUAAUCCUCAAGGUGGUAACCCUUUUUUGGUGGAGUUUGAAUUCAAUGUGGUCCCUCAAGUUCAAGUUAAGAAAGAGCAGGAUGAGAUGGAUGCAGAAGAGGAGAACAAUGAUGUUGGUUCUCAAUAUCAUACACGUUCCAAGGGAAAAAGAUGCAUUAUUGAACGUGGAUUGAAGAGGGCUGCUAGUCCCAAAAAAGGGAAUGUUGGUGCGGGGGAAAAUGAUGCUAGGACAAAGAAAAGGGAUGUUAGUGAAGAAGAAAAUGAUGCAAGGGCAAAGAAAAGGGAUGUUAGUGAAGAAGAAAAUGAUGCAAGGGCAAAGAAAAGGGAUGUCAGUGAAGAAGUAAAUGAUGCAAGGGCAAAGAAAAGAGAUGUUAGUGAAGAAGAAAAUGAUGCUAGGGCAAAGAAAAGGGAUGUUAGUGAAGAAGAAAAUGAUGCUAGUGCAGAAAAAGUGGAUGCUAGUGAAGAAAAAACCGAUGCCAGUGUGAAAAAGAAGAAGGAUGUUCCUGAUCAUUUUGGAGUAGAGCUUUUCAGCUCAGGACAUUUUACUCAACCAAAAAAUCCUUAUUUCGUGACCAAAAUUAGGCCAAAAAGGCGCGAUGAUCUGUAUAUACCGAUUGAAGUCACCAGGGAUAACAAUAUUAAAUUGCCUGCAAAAGUGAUCCUGUGGGAUGAGAGGGAUAAAAAAUAUGACGCAUAUUUAAAGACGUGGGCUGAUGGGCGAACAUGGUUGGCUGGAGGAUGGCGAAAAUUGUGUAAAUGGAACCUUGUUCAAGUAAACGACAGGUGCAUUUGUGAGUUUGUGCCUUCAUUGGGGCCAGAAUUGGUCUUGAAGGUCACCAUUAUUCGAAGAAAGGACUUUGAAGCAGCACAACCAAAUUAA